CAACACUGUUCUUAGCAUUGCCGGUACAGCAGUGUUCAACCAGCAGCUGGGACACUGUACAGGGGAGGAAGAGGAUCCUUAAGGACUCUCCUUUGCCCUGUAUGCUUCUGGGGUACCUGUUAAAUCCCAUCCUCAGGCUGAGACACCGUAGCAGACUCAUCUUUUAUCAUAAGCCACCGUUGGCCCUGUGGGUGUGUGACCUUUGACUGGUCCCUGUGCCCCAGCAAGUUCUUCUUUGACUAAUCAUCAGCAGUAAUUCUCCCCUUAGGCUAACUUCCUGUCCUGGACUGUUUGUAAAUCUGCCCUUUGUCACUGGGGGUGAGAUGUACAGGAGCAGAGGAAGUGAUGCCUACCCAGGAAUCUGGGCACCUGGCUUCCUCACUUCUCUCGGAUGCCCCUGAAAUGAGAGACAUGAUAAGGGCUUUGUCAUGAGGAAAGGUUUUCUGUCACUCCUUUCCUGUGCUUGAGACCUGAUGGCAGCAUCCUGUGCCUCAGGCGUGGUUCUGGAUGAGUCUGCUCCAUCUGAGAGGUGUGCCUGGUAUGAAAAUACAGGAUGAAUGGCAGCAGGAGGUGAUUCCCGAGUCUGUGACAGUGACACACAGUAGCUAGAGUAUCAGAGCUGCUGAUAUAGAGUCUCAGUCGUGCUGUGUGGGAGCUGCUGUGAGUGGUGUGACCUCAGCCCAAGUACUGCCUUCCAGGUUUCAGAGCCCGCUGUCUCUGGCCUCUGCCACGCUCUCUGCGUUGACGUCUCUCCGAUCUGCUGCCUUCAGCUGCUCUCCUCCGCUGGUGGCAUGCGAGUGCCACAUCUGCCAAGAAGCCAGCUUGCUGUUUGAAAGCCUUCCAGGAGCACGGGCUUUCAUUGGUGUCUGUAAUGACCCUUCGGCGCGAGUGGAUGCCAGGGGCCUCCAGAACUGAACUUGUUCCAGGCGUCAUGCAAGGCCCCGUGCUGGCUCAGGGAUGGACUCCACCUUGUCCCUCUGAAGAGACUCUGCAUGCUCUCAGCAGCCAGGAGGGGAUUCUGCUGCCAGAUUCUCCACGAGCUGCCCCGCAGCAGGACUCGCUCAGUGGCAGCCUGGGAGGGGAUCUGUUCCUGCAGUCGUGUUGCUGCCGUGCCCAGUGCCGUCUGCUCUGAGCUCUCUGGCCUGCAUCGUCUGAACUCACCUGAGCUCCUGGCAGGCUGUUGGAUUGUUUUCCCAAGUGCUCUCUCUGAUCCUGUUGCAUUCCCUCUCUCAGAGCCCCCAAAGGAUGUGAACUUUGGAAUGGGGUCUCUGAGCACGCUGCAGACUCGGUGCAUGUGUGAGACUGUUGCUGACUAACAGGAGGACUGGUUCAUUGCUGCGAGCAGCCCUUCUGUCUGGCUGCAGGGCACCAGCCUUGCCUGGGCCCUUCACCAUGUUCCUCCUGCUCCCCUUUGACAGCCUAGUGGUUAAUCUCUUGGGGAUUUCCAUAACUGUCCUCUUCACUCUGCUUCUGGUUUUCAUCAUCGUGCCAGCAAUUUUUGGAGUCUCCUUUGGCAUCCGCAAGGUUUACAUGAAAACUUUAUUAAAGAUUUUUCAGUGGGCGACGCUGAGAAUAGAGCGUGGUGCCAAGGAGAAGAACCACCCAUUGUACAAGCCCUAUGUCAAUGGUAUCAUUGCAAAGGAGCCAACGUCGCUGGAGGAGGAGAUCAAGGAGAUGCGCCGCAGCGGCAGCGGCAAAGCCCUGGACACGCCUGAGUUUGAGCUCUCAGAUAUCUUCUACUUCUGCCGCAAAGGCAUCGAGACCAUCAUGGACGAUGAAGUGACCAAGAGGUUCUCAGCUGAAGAGCUGGAGUCCUGGAACCUGCUCAGCAGGACCAACUACAACUUCCAGUACAUCAGCCUGCGCCUCACUGUGCUCUGGGGACUCGGCGUGCUCAUCCGCUACUGCUUCCUCCUGCCCCUCAGGAUAGCCCUGGCAUUUACUGGCAUCAGCUUGUUGGUGACCGGUACCACGGUGGUGGGAUAUUUGCCAAAUGGAAGGUGUAAGGACUUCCUGAGCAAACACGUCCACCUGAUGUGUUACCGGAUCUGUGUGCGUGCCCUCACAGCCAUCAUCACCUACCACGACCGAGAGAACAGACCCCGGAAUGGAGGCAUCUGUGUGGCCAAUCACACCUCCCCCAUUGAUGUCAUCAUCCUGGCCAGCGAUGGCUACUAUGCCAUGGUGGGUCAGAUCCAUGGAGGGCUCAUGGGUGUGAUCCAGAGAGCCAUGGUGAAAGCUUGUCCCCAUGUCUGGUUCGAACGCUCUGAGGUCAAGGAUCGUCACCUCGUCGCCAGAAGGCUCACAGAACAUGUCCAGGACAAAAGCAAACUGCCCAUUCUUAUUUUUCCAGAAGGAACGUGCAUCAACAACACAUCCGUGAUGAUGUUCAAAAAGGGGAGCUUCGAAAUUGGAGCUACAGUUUACCCUGUAGCCAUCAAGUAUGACCCACAGUUUGGAGAUGCCUUUUGGAACAGCAGCAAGUAUGGCAUGGUGACCUACCUCCUCAGGAUGAUGACCAGCUGGGCCAUCGUCUGCAGUGUCUGGUACUUGCCCCCGAUGACCAGGCAGCCUGAAGAGGACGCAGUGCAGUUUGCCAAUCGAGUGAAGUCAGCCAUUGCCAGGCAGGGGGGCCUUGUGGAUCUGCUCUGGGAUGGAGGACUGAAAAGGGAGAAGGUGAAAGAUGCGUUCAAGGAGGAGCAACAGAAACUCUACAGCAAAAUGAUUGUAGGCAGCCACGAGGACCGGAGCCGCUCCUGAGCCUGCUGCCUCCAGCACUGCCACUGGGGCUGGCCAGAGCCCCUGCCCGCAGCACCAGCCAGGGCUUCUCUGGAGCAACUCUCAAUCUUUGGACUUGGGCACUCCAGAGCUGCUUGGACUCGCUUUUUCAUCCUCUGGCUGUUGUUUUGCAGAGGCACUACUGCUGCCUGGAGUCUUUAGGCCUUUGGCAGCUCAUGGCAAAGAUGCCUUCUUGUUCCUGUUACAGUGAAGCCCCUUGCAGGGGCAGUAUUAAAUGAAACUCUUAUGGUG